AUGGCCUUCGUGAGUGCCACGCUAUUUUUCCAACAGCUGCCCGAGAAUGCAGACCUGGAGGAGGGUCCCGAGGACCGCCUGCCGUUCGGGGACCCCCGGGAGACCCUGGGGUGGGACGCGAUGGUGCCCCCCAGCCCGACCCGGUGCUGGUUCCCGAGCCACGGCAGAAGUUCCCCUCCCCCUUCCCAAGCCCCACCUCCCACCGCUGCCCGCGCCCACCCACCUCCUGCACAGCGGGCUCCCGGGCACCCCAGCGCCACCUGCCAGACGGCGGGCAGCAAGCAGAAGCGGAGGCUGCAGGAAGUGGGUGUCCCUGUGGGAGCUGAGAAACCACAGGCCCAGGCAAGGGCUGGCUUCCCCUGCUCACAAGAGCGAAGUCAAAGACCAGAGGAUAGGGAGCUGAGCGGAGUAGCCGUGGCCCUGGGGCCCACCUGCCAGCUGCUCUUAUUCCUGUGCUUCAAGACCCUGGCUGCCCAGACUGCAGACACCUGCCCAGAGGUGAAGCUGGUGGGUCUGGAGGGCUCCGACAAGCUCUCCAUCCUCCGAGGCUGCCCGGGGCUGCCCGGACCCGCAGGGCCCAAGGGAGAGGCAGGCGCCAGUGGACAGAAGGGGGAACGAGGUUCUCCCGGAGUCCCUGGGAAGGCGGGACCGACCGGGCCCAAAGGAGACCGAGGGGAAAAGGGCACGGGCGGAGAGAAAGGAGAGCCGGGGCAGCUUCAUUCCUGUGCCACAGGUCCCAGGACCUCGGCCUGGAAGGAGCUGCUCGCCAGGGGGCACCUUCCGCGUGGCUGGCACACCAUCUACCUGCCCGACUGCCGGCCCCUGGCCGUGCUCUGUGACAUGGACGUGGGCGGCGCGGGGUGGACCGUUUUCCAGCGAAGGAGUGACGGCUCCGUGGACUUCUACCGGGACUGGACCGCGUACAAGCAGGGCUUCGGCAGUCAGCUGGGAGAGUUCUGGCUGGGGAAUGACAACAUCCACGCCCUGACCGCCCAGGGAAGCAGCGAGCUCCGGGUAGACCUCAUGGACUUUGAGGGCAACCACCGAUUUGCCAAGUACCAGUCAUUCAAGAUGGCGGGUGAGGCAGAGAAGUACAAGCUGGUCCUGGGAGCCUUUGUCGAGGGCAGCGCAGGUGAUUCCCUGACGCCCCACAAAGACCAUUUCUUCUCCACCAAAGACCAAGACAACGACCAGAGUUCCUCUAACUGUGCCGUGCAGUACCAGGGGGCCUGGUGGUACAACAGUUGUCACUCGUCCAACCUGAACGGCCGCUACCUCGGGGGGCCGCACACGAGCUAUGCCAAUGGUGUCAACUGGAGGUCGUGGAGAGGGUACAACUACAGCUACAAGGCAUCCACGAUGAAGGUGCGGCUCACCUAGGUGGGCGGGGCCGGCAGCCCUACCCGACGCCUCCCCGCCCCGCUGCCUGCGGCCUCCCAAAGCCUCGCUCAGUCCCCGGCAAAGACCAGCACACAUGCUCCCGCCGCCCCUUUGCUGGACAAGACCUGCUCGU